AUGGAAGGGCUGUCUAUACUGAUGAAGGAAGUUGCUGGUUCUCCUUCUUUUGGGUUUCAUCCAAAGUGUGCUGCUAUUCAACUAACACAUCUGUGUUUUGCAGAUGAUUUACUGGUUUUUUCUGCAGCUAAGGUCUCAUCUGUCUCUUCUAUUAUUGAAGUCCAUGCUGAAUUCGAACUUCUUUCGGGAUUGAAGGCUAAUUCCUCCAAAAGUUCCAUUUUCCUUGCUGGAGUUGAUCAUAAUGUGAAGCAGGAAAUUUUAAAGCUUCUGCAUAUGCCGGAGGGAAACUUCCUGAUUAUCCGAUUGAUUGAGCAGAAACUCAAUCGGUUCCUUUGGAAUGGCAAAGAUUCUAAGGCACAUGCUAAGGUGGCUUGGAGGAAGAUUUGUGUUCCUAAACAAGAAGGGGGUCUUAGAUUCAAGGAUAUUGAAGUUUGGAAUAAGGCUUCCAUGCUUAAUCAUAUAUGGAACUUAUUCUCUAAAGUUGGUUCUUUGUGGGUUGCUUGGGCCAAGUCCAAGCUUGACGUGAUUAUCAAGAAUGGAGAAUGGUUUUGGCCUCAUGCUUGUUCUGAUGCUCUUGUGGAGGUUCAAAGCAGGCUUCUUGAGGUUGAGAUUGUGGAUGUUGAUUUACCUGUGUGGAACUCUAGUAGUGGCCAGUAUAGCUAUGCGGAGACAUGA